AUUCUGACCAAAUUAUUGGUCCAAUUGCCACAAUCAAUCGCAUUUUGUGGACAGCCAGCCAGUAGUUUUACUGUGUCGCAUAUUACAAACAAUAAAGUGUCACGAUUUGAUAUAUAAAAAUUGCAAUAUAAAAUAUUUCCAGUAUAAAUAUUGUUAGAAUAUUGAUACCAACAUUCGAACUUAUCUUGUCGUCGCCAUGUAAAAAUGCUACACACGCAGAUUUUAGGCCUAUAUAUAACAAAUUUUUCGAAAUUGAAUGCUGUUUUGUUAUGGAUAACCUGGAUUUGAAGAAUGUCUGAUCCAAAUUACACCCCAGGUGGAUCCUCUCCCACAGGAGGGGUGACUAUAAGUGGUGAGGCAAAUAUGAUGCUGCAGCAGUUCUGGCCGAAGACCAUCGGCAACAUUAGAGCCUUGAAACAGGAUGAUUUUAAACAACAGGAGUUGCCACUAGCGAGAAUUAAGAAGAUAAUGAAGCUUGAUGAGGAUGUUAAGAUGAUCAGUGCAGAAGCACCAGUGCUAUUUGCUAAAGCUGCUGAGAUCUUUAUAAGUGAGCUAUCACUCAGGGCCUGGAUUCACACUGAAGACAACAAGAGGAGAACUCUACAGCGAAAUGAUAUUGCCAUGGCCAUUACCAAAUUUGACCAGUUUGAUUUUCUCAUUGACAUAGUUCCUAGAGAUGAACUCAAGCCUGCAAAAAGACAAGAUGAUUCAACAAGAAGCACAUCUAUGUUGCCAGAUCAAAUACAAUAUUAUCUCCAGUUAGCCAAUCAGCAGGCCCAGCAACAACAACAGCAGCAACAACAACAGCAGCAGCAGCAACAACAACAGCAACAACAACAAGUGCAGCAGCAGACAGUCCCACAACAGACAGUGCAACAGACCCAACCAGUUCAGACACAAAUAACACAACAGCAAUCUCAAGCAACACAAAUACAACUACCUGGAGGACAAAUAAUUCAGCAGCCAUUUCAGAUUCAUCAGGCUGCUUCAGCAGCUCAAAAUUCUGUGGUAGCACAACAACCUCAGGUGAUUCAAAUUCAAGCUCCACAGCAGCAAGCAAUACAGACAAGUCAGCCACAAGUUCAGCCACAGGUUCAGCAACAGGUACAGCCACAGGUGCAACAAGUUCAAAUUCAGCAACCCCAGCAACAAACCCAGGUGUACCAACAAGUCAUCACUCCCAAUGGUGUCCAGAAUGUUCCAAUCCAGCUGACACCAGCCCAGUUACAAGCUAUUCAGAUGCAGCUUCAAGGAAAACAGGGUAACCAGCCCAUCAUUAUUCAGUCCUCAGAACAGCCAGCCGUCCAGACAUUACAAACUGUCACACAGGCCGACCAGUCACAGUUUGGACAGGGUGUUUAUCAGAUACAGCAAUUACCCAAUGGACAGCAAGUGUAUAUACAGCAGACAGAAGGAGAUCACAGCGAAGGCCAAGAUGGUUCCUAGCAUCUAAAGACAUAUAGGAUUUCUUCUCGUUUUAAAAGCACAUAUAGGAUUUUGUUACAUAUAUAAACAGUGUAGUGCCAAAAAUGAGUUGUUUUUUUGAUGUGCAAGUGUAUGCUUCAUUCAUCGCAACUAUUUUCUCAGAAUUUUUGUCGAUUUGAUAGUUUGUGGUAAAUUUUUAUUGUAACUUAUAAUUUUGCCAUGUUAAAAGUUUGGCGUAUAUGCCAAAUGAAAUCAUUGAUAUCACACUGUCACAUUUAAAAAAAAUGACAUCACAAUGCAACUCCAACAGGUUGAAGAAAGCCACCACAACUAUUUAGUGGUUUUUACAACUUGUUGAUUGACAAGCAGGAAGAGUUCUAGGGAAUGGGAUAUUACAAUUAUAUUUUCAAAAGAUCACAUGUACAUGUAGAUUGAAUGUAAUGUAUUCUUAAGGUUAUUGUGUACAUAAUAGGGGUGAAUCAAUAUAUCGAUAUGUACCAGUAUACGUCUGUCCAGCGAUAUACGAUACAAUGUUUCAACGAUACGAUAUGACAUAAUGUUGUGGUUAAAAAUAGCCCUUUUAAUAGUCAGGAUCGUAGUGCAUAAUUUAAAAAUGGCUUCUAACAGGAACACGAUUCCUCAGACUUUAAUCCCCGCUUUUUCAUUGUGACACAUCGGAGAUUUCUCAGACUUUAAUCCCCGUUUUUACAUUGUGACAUUGGAGUUUUCUCAGACUUUAAUUGUCAUUGUUUGUUUUGUUAUGAAAUAAAAGAUUUUAAACCACUUCAUUUUUUUUUUUUUUUAAAUUUGAUAUUUUACUUCAGAAAAUGCUUAACUACGUUGUAUAUCCAAUAUAUCGGAUAUCGCAUCAGAAAACAUUGUAUCGUAUCGUAAAAUCUUGAGCAAAACACACCCCUAGUACAUAACACACAACAGUGCGGAGAUAAAUUCUCAUAAUUAUCCUGUAGUAUGAAAAUGUCUACACACAACUGGGUAUUGCCAUUAAAAGAUAUAAAAAAGAAAUGAUUUUUUAAUGCUUAAAUGUCUACAGUGUCUAGUUUUAUAUUCAUUUUUAUUUAUUUUACAGCAGGCAUUUCAAUUAGACUUCAUUAAACACCUCAAUUUAUACUUGCCACAAACUACAAUGUAAUUAGAGUGCUAAAUAUUAGUGUUUUGAGUUUAAGUUUUAUCUUUGGCAGCCUAUGGUUGGUCAAAACAUUAAAACUCCUUUUUGCAUGAAAUGCUUCAAUUUCAUUAUAAUUUAUGAAUAUAUAAAUUUGUAGAAUGUCUCAUUUAUGGCACUACACUGGGUGUCUUCAAAUACUGUAUUUUAUGAUGCAUUUUAAUGGCUGAUCAAAUCAGGUGUUUUCAGAUGUGUGUGAAAGGUUGUUCAAUAUCGAAAUCCUCAUCAAUACAUACAGUUUAUUUUACUUGACUGAAAAAACCAUCUAUCAGUUUAUUUCUAGUGCUAUAUUCUCAUAAUUCCUGGGGUAUGUAUUUUAGCUGUAAUUUCUGCUUCUUUUGUAUACCAAUAGAAGUUUUAUACAAUGUUCUUCAUUUCUGCUGAAAACAUUUUUGUUAUGUAAUCCUUUGUUAUUUUAGGCUUAUAUAUAGAAGAAAGUCCACUUGUAUUUUAAAAGUUACCUGUAGGUGUCCAAUAAGUGUACAAAAGAAACUGAUCUCUACACAAGACUGGUUAUAUUGGCAAACUAUUGAAAAAUAGCUUUAUUCAUAAUUAUCAUUGUCAAUGGGUUUACCUGAGCCUGUCCAUUCUUAGAACAAAAGAUGUAAUGUUUUAAGUAGGAUAUAAGCCUCAAACUGUCCACUCUGGGAGAGAAAGAACUGAUGUCAGCCCCUAGUUCCUUCUCUCACAGAAUGGACAGUUUGGCUUAUAUCCUUUACAUAGUGUUUCAUGUCUGUGGCAAUUUUUUUUAACCUUGCUUAAAACUCUUUGAUGAUACAUGUAGAUGGAAGGGAUUUGAUAUGUAAAGGAUGCAAUUCUUGUCACAAGGUCUGAUUUAAUGACUUUAUAACAUUGAAUUCUGACUCACAUAUUGAAAACAUUUACAUGUAAAUUGCAUUUAACUAUUGUUUAAAUUACAAGAUGGCUUUGAUAUCCAGUGUAAUGCAAGAGGAACUGCCCUCUUCAGGCUGUGCUGUCACCUGGGGAAUUUGUUUUACAAACAAACUUUCCAUAUUGUAUUCAAUCUUAGUGAAUAAAUGCACAUGUAUUGAUAAAUGUACUUAAUUGUAGAGGUUACCACAGUAAUGUCUUUAUCGUAGAAGGGCUUGGGAUAAAAACAACUACUAAAGUGGCUGUAACUUUUGCCAUACAGGAAAUUCAUACCCAUAUACAUGUAUAUCAAAUACUGGUAUUUCAAAAUACUAUGUUGAAAAAGUAAAUAAAGAUGAAGUGUACUUGUUUUCGUAAAAUAUGUCUCCUAUCGGUUCAUCACAAAAUACAUGUAUAUGCAGAAAGUUUUCAUCUUGUAUGGUGCACUUUCACUGGCCUGUUUGUAAACACAAAAAUUGCUACUAAAUUAAAUAGAAAUAAGAUGGGCUAUGACUGCUAUCCCAUUGGCUAAAUGUGAUUCAUGAAGAUUUCCCCCAAUAGUCUCUUGAAAAUAUUUGUUUAAAGUUCUUAUCUUUCAACUGCUUGCAGUUUUGUGCUGUUGGUUUGUUUUGUUGUUUUUUUGGAGGGGGUACUUUUCUUCUUUUACUUGCUUGUCCACAUUACGGCUUAGUUUAUCAAGGACGUACAAUGAAGGAAAGAGAUCAGUUAACAGAAAUAUAAAGUAAAAUUUAUGAAUAAGGGAUCUUUCAUUUACACUCAUAAAAAAUUUAAAUUCAAUUUGGCUAUUAAGUAUUAUAAUGUCAAGAUAUGCUAUUAUCCACAAAACAGACUGAAUUUUGUGAAGUCAGAUUUCAUUGUGAUAUCAUACAAUAGGAAGUGCUGUAAGGUGUUCGAAAAUCGAGUUUUCUAUGGCAACCUUGUCCAUGCUGCAUAUCACAGGUCCCACAAUUACAUUUCACAGACCAUGUGGACUGUUUUAUCGUUGAUGACUAAACAAGAAUGUGUCAUUUUAAAGCCAUAUGUUACACUUAAGUUCGAGGGUGGGUGUAUUGGUGCAGAAUAGAAAUAUUGCAUCACUAGUGAUAGAACAGUAUAAUUUGUGUAUAGACCAGUAAAAUAUUGUAACUUUGUUGUCAUCAUAAAAGGCUGUGUCCGAUAAGAUUAAUAAUUGCUUGUCUAGGACACUUUGGUCUUUUGUAAGCUGACAUACAUGUACGUUAAAUACUAUGAGAAUGUGAAUUUCUGUUAAAUAUUACCCAUGUUGAUCUUACUUUGUUUACAAACAUUCGCUAGUAAAGAUUCAAUUAUGUCAUGAGAAUGAUACAUUUGUGAAGGGAAUGUCCAUACCAUAUCAGUUGGAAAAAGCUAUUUAGAUUUACAUGUAUAAUAACAUGUUCACAAAUAUCAUGUUACAUUUUCUGCAAAUCAUUCAGAAUUUAAAUUUUGCAGCAAGAAUAUAAAUACAAUGCAUUAUUUAUUGUAAUAAAAAAUAAUAAUAAAUUUUUUUUCGAAAUAUU